AUGACAACCCUGCGUCAGAGGAAGGCCAGUAAGGGGAAGGAGGCACCCCCGGCUGCUGAACAACGACUUAAGUUCCACACUAAUGUCUUUGCAGGUGAUUGGUCAUGGGGAGCCAUUAUUUUGACGUCAGUUGGUUGGUCCGUUUCCGUUGGGCUUGGCUUGCUAUGCUGCAUCUAUGUGGCGACGCUACAUGAGAAUGACCUGUGGUUCUCCAACAUCAAGGAAGUGGAGCGGGAGAUCUCCUUUCGGACAGAAUGUGGACUGUACUACUCCUACUACAAGCAAAUGUUGCAAGCCCCAUCAAUACAACAAGGGCUUUCAGAGUUGAUCCAUGACAACUUGACAGAAUCCAAGAGGACGAUUAAUCUCCUACAGCGAAUGAACAUCUACCAAGAGGUUUUUCUGAGUGUCCUCUACAGAUUGUUGCCUAUACAGUCAUAUCUGGAGCCAGUUUAUUUCUACAUUUACACAGUGUUCUCUCUCCAAGCCGUCUAUGUGAUCGCUCUGUACCUCACAGCGUGGCUCCUGUCUGAUUCUUGGGUUGCUGGUUUGCUCACUGGAGUCUGGUAUAUUCUCAACAGGAUAGAUACCACUCGAGUGGAGUUCACCAUCUCGCUUAGAGAGAACUGGUCUUUGCCCUUCUUUGCACUGCAGAUCACUGCUAUCACGUGUUACCUAAGACCUCAGCUCACUGCCUUACAACAGAAGGUGAUGGUGUGGUUGAUGUAUGUGACGACAUUCUGCUUCUGCUUGACGUGGCAGUUCAACCAGUUCAUUCUACUUGUUCAGGCUCUUAUCAUUUACACCCUGGACUGUGUCGACCUCUUAACAACUUCACAGGUUACCACUCUGUACCUUGUUCAAGUGAGCAGCUUGCUGAGUGUGUGGCUUCUUCAAUUCUGUAACUCCAUGAUAUUGGGAUCACUGGUGCUGAGCUUUAUUGUAUCCGCACUUUUCGUCAAACAUUGCCAAUCAAGUCUGAAGACAGGGGGCCUGCUGGUGCGUCUGGGCAAAAUUAUUCUCCACAGUGCUCUGGUUUUCCUACUCACCUUCAUCAUCAACUACUUGACCAAGAAAGCACUUCAGCUCAGCUCAGACGAACACAUUUUUAAAUUCAUCAAAUCAAAGUUUGCCCUGGGGCCGACGAGGGAUUUUGAUGCAAGUCUAUAUCUGUGUGAGGAAGCCUUUGGCCUGCUGCCCCUGGACACACUGGAGCGCCUGGCUGGUACCCUGUUGUUAUACCCCUACAUUCUCACCCUUCUGCUGCUGAGUGGCACGCUAGCUCUGGCAGCACUACAGAACCUGAGAUCUAAACGGGGUUCAGCAGAGGAGAAGAAAGGAGCUUCAAAUGGACAAGUGGAUCCUUUUCGUCCAGAUGUGGCUUACAAUGUGUUGCACUCACUGUUCUAUGGUCUAUUGGCUUUCAGCACUAUGAGAAUGAAGUAUAUAUGGACUGGCCAUAUGUGUGCGGUCGCAGCUUAUGGCGUAUGUGGGACUGGGUUGUGGACUCUUCUCCUCAAUGCUUUACGCUGCAACACUAAGACCACGUUGAGGCUUGUCAGAUAUGCUGUUCCUCUGCUGAUAAUUGGUUGCCUUUAUUACAAGUUCUGGCCUAAACUAAUGGAAGAGUUAUCGGAACUGAGGGAGUUCUACGAUCCAGACACUGUGGAGCUCAUGACCUGGAUUAGCACAAAGACCCCCAAGCAGGCGGUGUUUGCUGGAAGCAUGCAGCUCCUGGCUGGCAUCAAGCUGUGCACAGGCAGAGUUCUCACCAACCACCCACAUUACGAAGAUAAAGACCUGCGGGAGCGGACCAGACAGGUGUAUCAGGUGUACGCCCGCCGGCCCCCAGAGGAAGUGCACGACAUCCUGAGGGCGGCGGGGGCCGACUACGUGGUCCUGGAGAACAGCAUCUGCCACGAGCGGAGGCACAGGAGGGGCUGCAGGCUGCGGGACCUGCUCGACCUGGCCAACGGACACAUCAUGGAUGGGCCGGGAGAGAACGACCCGGACCUCGUCCCCGCCGCCCACCCUCGCUUUUGCGAGGCGGUCAAGACGGAAGGCACGACUUACACAGCGCUGUUCACCAAAACCUUCGAGAACAAAACCUUUUAUGUGUACCGGCUCAAGAAGAAGCGUAAAAAAAGCGUCAGGAGCUCGUCGGAUCCCAACGUGACUCAAUAGCAAGAGCAAGGUCACCAGAACCAGCCCAUUAAUGACAGAGUGAGACAGAAAGAGAGAGCGCGGGUGUGAAAGCACUGAAUCUUCACCGCUCCUCUUUUUUUUCCUCUCUACGCUGCAUCCAGCUGUGAUUAUGUACUUUUUUAACUUUUUUUUUUUUUUUCUUCAAACACAUGGUUUGUGUGGACUGUGGUGGAAAAGCAGUGGGCCAAUCAAGUUUUGGCAAUUGAGUCUCUAGGGAAAAGUUGAGCUAGUUCUUGGAGGGAUGUAACUUAUGACUGACUUUAUAUAUUUCAAAGAAAAUGGGGACGGACAGAAAAAAAGGCUUCUUAGGUUUCCUUUGCCAAAUUUGAGUUUUUUUAAAAUGCCAUAUUGUUAUUGCCGCUCUGACUCGGCCAUUGGUUUGUAGAUAUUUGGUACUGAAAACCUGCAAUUUGAUUGAUUAGCACUAAGGUACUAGGUUAGUUUAUAGAUGUAACAGGUUUAGAGAAAUAAAAGCAGUUCUGUAGGGAGUUUAUAAAUAGGAAGAUCUAUUUUUUAAGAAAUGAUUUAGAUCUUAUUGAAGAUGACUGAGAUUUUAGCAAAUUUGAAGACCAACAAACUGUUUCCUUUAUGAAGAAAUCGUUCCAACACAGAUCUGUGCUCAGUCUCCAAGGGCCUUUUAACAGUGUUAUUUGAUUAUUGGGUUCCACCGGCUGCUCCUACCUUCUUCUUCUUAUCGUGCAUCUUAAUGCUUUUCAAAGUAUCCGACAUCCGUUACUUCAACUUGCAGACUGGAAGAGGCGAGUGUUCAGGAGAAUUUGGGUGCUUCAGUAGAACAUUCUGCACGGGUAGAGAUAUUUUUCUGACUCAUUUAUAAAAGGAAAAACAAUCUAUUUAGGAAGGAAAGGAAGGACACCCUUUCUCAAUAUAGUCGGUCAUGUCGUGCAAGACAACUUUUUCAGACGGAUAGACAGAUGGAUGAUUUUGUUUAUCCCCAAAGGGAAAUUAAAACACUACCAAGCCAAGACUUUCAAGUGAAAAUUACAGUCACAAGCGGGAUGUGUGUGGGUUAGAAAAAAAGAACUGUAAACAACUUUUGCUAAUUAGUUUGACUUAGCUAAUGCACACAUCCAGGUCAAUUAUAGGUUCAGGUAGAGUUUUAUCAUUUAAUUUAAGCACAGUAUUUGUCCAAGUAAAUGUGCACAAGAGGGAUUUUUUUUUUAAAUGACCAAAAUAUGUCAGAUUUUGCAAACAGUGUGAACAUUUAAAGCAAAAUUCAGAAGGGGAUUUGUGCAAUUCAAUGCACACAUGUUGCAUAUAAGUUACCGCAAUGAUUUUUGUCAAAAUGUACUGAAGAAAAAAAAGCCUUAAGAAACAGUGACUUGACAUAUAAGAUACAACACAAUGCAAUAUUUUCCCACUGGGUAAAUAAGUCUUAGACUGUGCCCAAAAAUGCCAUCACAAUUAGAAUAUAUACUCUAUAUUAAACAGUGAGUUAAUUAUUUUAGUUUGUUUUGCACCAUAUGACCAACAUAACAGAAAAAUAUAGGAAGAAAACGAUUUUUAUUGGGAGUU